GCUGAUAUUAUUAAAAUAUUAAAUUAUUAAACUCCGAGGUGUUCCGAGGCAAUUUGUAAUAUAUCUACCACGUCCAUUGUUGUGUUAACAAUUGUUUUUUCUUCAAGUAAAAAUUUAAUUAUUAUUUAAAAAUACAUAAAAAUGUUGAAGGGUGUCGUGACAUUGGUUACCGGUGGUGCAUCUGGAUUAGGACGUGGAACCGUUGAAAGAUUUGUCAAGCAUGGAGCUAAGGUUAUUAUUGGUGAUUUACCAACAUCAAAAGGCAAUAACUUGGCCAAAGAACUUGGUUCAGAUGUUGUAUUUUCUCCCUUGGAUGUAACAUCUGAACAAGAUGUCAAAGAUGCACUUGAAAUGGCCAAAACAAAAUUUGGAAAAUUAGAUGUUGUUGUUAAUGCUGCUGGAGUUGCUGCUGCUCAUAAAGUAUAUAAUUUCAAUAAGGGUCUUUCUCAUGAUUUAUCAACAUUUUCUCGUAUUAUUAAUGUCAAUACUGUUGGUACAUUUAAUGUAAUACGUUUAUCAGUUGGUUUAAUGGGUGAAAAUACACCAAAUAUUGAUGGUCAACGUGGUGUUAUUGUUAAUACAGCAAGUGUUGCUGCAUUUGAUGGUCAAAUGGGACAAGCAGCAUAUUCAGCAAGUAAAGCUGGUGUUGUUGGUAUGACACUUCCAUUGGCUCGUGAUCUUGCCUCUGUUGGAAUUCGUGUUGUUACAAUUGCACCUGGUCUAUUUGAUACACCAAUGUUGCAAAGUUUGCCUGAUAAAGUACGUAAAUUUUUAGCUGAUACAGUACCAUUUCCAAAAAGACUUGGCAAUCCAGAUGAGUAUGCUCAAUUGGUUCAAGCAAUUGUUGAAAAUCCACUGAUAAAUGCUGAAACAAUUCGUUUGGAUGGUGGACUUCGUAUGCAGCCAUAAUAAUAUUAUUUUGUGUUGUUUUUUCUUUUUAUGUAUUAUACAUUUAUUUUUUUAUACAAUGUAUUUUUUAUUAUCAAAUCAAUUGAUUGAUUGAUAAAUAAUAAUAAAAAUGAUAUACAUGGUUAAUAAUUCAAU